GAGCGGGAGCCGAGCGGGAGCCGAGCGGAGCCGAGCGUCGGAGGCCGGUUGCAGCGAGCGGGCCGAAGGCAGGCUGGGGCUGAAGCUGGGCCUGGGCCUCAGCUCUUUACCUCAUGAGUAGGCGGAAGCUUGAAGAUGGGGUGCCACCUUCUGCCCUCCAAAAAAGCAGAAACUACCCCGCAACCCGAUCUUCCACAGCUAAAGAAGCCCAACUCUGCAAGCCCACAAAGACAUUGUGCCUGGCUUCAACCCGCAAAGCAGCCAACAGACAUCUUCCCAAAACGCUAAAACGUGGGAAAAAACAUCUACUGAAAUCAGAAUUACAAGAACUGAAAACCAAAAACGCCGCUUUGCCCAAAUCGCCGGCUGAACCCCCCGAGGAAGAUGAACGUUCUGGGGAGCUGACUGGUGGGGCGGUGCUCCCGGACACAUCCGGAGUUGGCCCGACGACGGACGUGCCAGUCCGGCGGGAUGAGGCCGGCCUCUCUUCUAGCCACCCCGAAGCUAACUGUCUCUUAGCCAAAGAAGAAAGCGAUGGCGGCCCCCCCGGCCCUGGCGAGGAGGGCGAUGGCAGUCCCGGGUCGCUGGGGGAGUCAGGGCUGGAGGCGGUGGGUCUCCGAAUGGACAGCAGCAUCUUUUUGGACGAAGACAGUAACCAGCCCGUGCCUGUGGGUCAAUUUUUUGGAAAUGUCGAACUCAUGCAGGACCUUCCACCAGUUUCUGCGCCUUACACUUUGAUGAGCAGGCGAGAAUUUAGAAAAAUGCACUUCCGGGCUAAGGAAGACGAUGACGACGAUGACUACAGUGAUGUAUUAUAAACGCAGAGGGGAAGAUACAAAUACACAUCUAAAGUAACAAAAUCAAGUCUCCAUCUUGUUUAUGUUCAGUUAAAGGUCGAACAUGAAAAAUUAUCCCCGAAGCCAUUCACAUUCAGAUGUUUCUAUGACAACUUAAUCUUCACAGUAGUUUCCUGACAAACCUAAAGAAUCUAGCUCUGGGGAUACAAUACAACACUUUCCUAAACCCAACAUGGAAAAAAUGAAAGUCAGUUCUCAUGGGAUAUGGGGGCUAGCUUUCCCGACGAACCCUGCACUAAGGGAAACUCACUUUACGGUACACAUACAGGCUGACCAACAGCACAAAGGUGGAUGUGACUUCUCCAACACCACAGAUUGUUGUAUCCAGAGAGAUGUGGGUCAUGGGAAGAACAUUCCCUGAUCCCCCAGUGAUGGUCUCUAUCUACAGAGCACGGUGAAAGGAGUGUUAUGGCAGAGCUUACUGCAUCUUGAUUUGUGGUGAAGUAUUGAAGAUCUCUCAUACUCUUGGGUGGUUGUCACGUUCGUUUUGGUGUUGCGAUGUAGACAAAAGAUAGGAGUUAUUUUUCAUUUACAACCACGUCGACUGUAGUUCUGUGAAACUCGUUACUGCCCUUUGUAGCGAGAGUUUAUUUUUGGUCAUUUAUGACUGGAUCAGUCUUAGCAAGCAGCGGGCAAAGGCCAUAAGAAUAACAUGGUACUUUAUAUCUACAUUUUUAUGUAAUUUUUAAAAACUUGUCUUCCAUCCCCAGUCUAGGGUGUUUGCUUUAUCAAUCAGUUUUCCCCCAACAGGUAACUGGUUACACUUCCAUCUGUCUCUAAUUUGCUUUGUAAUUUAGUUCUUCUGGUUAUGAUGACUGUGUUUACCUUUUCGGUUCUGAAAGGAAAUGCCUUUGUAAUGGGCAAGUGAAGUCCUUUUUAAAACUAUUUGCAUUUUUAAUAGACUCUGGGUCUUUCUCUUCCAGAGGGUUGCAUUUCUGCUGUUAGGAAGCCCAAGGUCAAAUUUAGGUUGUCCGGCCCAUUAAGUAACCUUACGCAUUAAGUAGCCGUGACGCACCGGAGACAAAGACUCGUUCUCAGGCAUCUGAGACUUGGAUAUUUUAGUCCCUUUCUAAACUACUUUAGCACAAAGCAACAAUAAUUGAGGAAAAUUAAUGUUUCUAGGUAUUUAAUCAUUACAGGGGACACUUUUCCAAGUAUCGCAGUUACUCUGCUGCCCAAGGAAAAUCCCCCUGUGGGCUACCAACCGACUGAAACAGUUUUCUUUUAUAAAGCUCGCCUCCAUUGGAGGUCUCAGCGGGGAACUUUAUUCAAAAGUCUAUGUGGUAUUUUGACUGUAGCAUAGCCAAUUCAAGAGUAAUUCGUGGCCAAAAUAUUGUUUCAAAAAAAGGCUCUGGAAGCUAAUUGUGACAACAGUGGGGUUUUUUGAACAAAGCUUUUGCUUUAGCUCAGGAAAAUUUCUCUAUGCAUUGAGUUUCCUUUCAAAACCACCUUCUAAAUAAUGUGACUAUGCCUUAGGCUGUAUGCUCUGAAAUCCUUUUUUUUUUCCCCCUCAUUUGGUUGGGGCUGGUUUGUUUGCUUUUGGUUGGUGGAUCAACUGCUCGACCUUUAUUUUGGAAGUGUGACGUGAACACUAAUCUCAUGACGGUUUGGGAAGAUGUACAAUUUUAGGUUAAUACCCCAAUGCUACUAUUCUAGAAUCACCUAGGUGAUAGUUGAACCAGUUAACAAUAUUCUUUGCAAAAUUGGACAAAUUUUAUAUUCCCUAAAUAAAGCUUCGUUGUCUAAAGAA